AUGUCGAGCACAGCCCAACCACCAGGCCGAAGAAAACUCGUCCAUCACCUGGACACGCCCUUCUCUACGAUAUCGUGGCCCGAGAUCUCACCCGACGACCAGGACACCAUCUUGGAGUUGCUGUGCAACCUCUUGAGCCCUCUGGGCCAGCAUCGCAGAGCUCACAUCAAGCGGUCAAAGGGGAAGCGGGCCGCCAGGAGAGGGGCCAGGCCCGGGCCCGGGCCCGAAGACCGCUCACUCCCCAGCGCCCCAGCGCCCCCUAAGCCGGAACUCAGUGCCAAGGUGGACGUGGGCUUCAACUCGAUAACGAGAGGGCUGGAGGAGCUGUCCCAAAGCACUGGCUCCAGGGACAGUCCCUGCCAGUCGUACUCAAUGGUCUUUGUGGCUCGAGGAAAUCAGUCGUCGGCAUUCAACUGCCAUUUCCCCAAGAUGAUUGGUGCCGCAUCCAAAGACUCCCCUCAGGCCGACAAGACCCGUCUCGUGGGAUUCUCGAAGCCCUGUUCCGACAGGUUAAGCUCCGUCUUGGGCGUCGCCCGGGUCUCUUCGGUCGCUGUGGCGCGGGACGCUCCCGGCGCAGGAGCGCUAUGGGAGUUUGUCCAGAAGACGGUGGCGCCAGUCAGUAUGUCGUGGCUCCAAGACAUGGGAUGCACCGAGUACCGAGAGGCCAAGAUCAACUCCGUAGAAACGCUGGUGGGCGCCAAGAAGGCCAAGACGGCGUGA